CUACGAUAAUGAUACUCCGUAGUUGAGUAAACCUACCUUCUACCAUAUUCGUUUGGCGCAAAAAAAAGUUGAAGUCGUCUACUCAACUUCGCAGCCCCGUGGCCGUUAUUUCCUUUUACAUGCCUCUUACGUAUGCAGAUGAACAUGCAGUGUGAAUCACCUUUCGUUCAAUCAUGAUAAUGUUUUCCUGGUCAGCAUCGACAGCAUGAGUUCCCUCGACAGCAUUGUGGGUGUUGCGGUCGCGAAGGCGCUGACCAACACCUCGUAUGAAAAACGGAAGCAGGCCGCGUUGGAACUGGAAAAGGUGGUCAAAGAAGCGCCGAAGGACCGUGUGCUACAGAUUCUGAUUCUGCUUCGCGACUAUGUGGAAUCGCCCACUGCCAACGUCCGCAAGGGAGGCCUCAUCGGGCUCGCAGCCGCUGCCAUCGGACUGGACACGCACACUUUUUUACGCACAGUAAAAUCAAGCGAAAACGGCGCUUCGCAGCAGACCAGUGGAAAGAGUGGGAGGUGAGGUCAUGUGAUAGUAGCAGCAGAACGACCUUAGUAGAGCCACAGCAGUAGCUGACGAUAUGAAAGUAGACGAACCACAAGCAUGCACUUUUUUUCGUCGGAUCCAUCUGCCUGUCGAAUCUUGUAGAUAAGAAGGCGCUGUUUGAUUAGUUUGAAUCAAGGAGCACGUCGGAGGAAUGUCCUUGUCUUUGUGGGCAAUCAAUCCAGAGUUUCAGUUUUUUAACUCAUAAAAGGUCUCCACGCGACCAUGUUUAUGUUUUGUAACCUUCACACAGGCCUCGCGACGGCGGCGAUUUUUUCUCGCGCUUGAUUGCGGAGCACUACCCGAAGGAUACGGACGGCGCGGAUCUUGCUACUAGUCCAGCGGAUGAGGUGGACUCGAAGGCGGUGGACGGAACGACGGGGUCUUCCACCUUGCAAGCUGGCGGCUCGUCCUCGUCAAGUGCACGGUAUGUUGCUUCCGGUGCGGUGGCCGGAGAUCGUGGUGCAUUUCCAGGAGACAUCAACUCCAGAGCCGGAUUAUUACUGGAUGACGCCACCGCUUCGGUUGAAGCCGGAACACCAGGACAUGUGGGCGCGGGAACAACUGCAGGAAAUAUGGCGGUGAGCAGUGAGUACAAGGACUUUUGGGACGACUAUAUCGAGUUCCUCGUCCCCCCAGUGUUGUCCGUCUUCGAGGACGAACACCCGCGGGUUCGCUACUACGCCUGCGAGGCCAUGUACAACAUCAUCAAGGUCGCCAAACCCAUGCGGUAUUUCAACGAAAUUUUCGACGGCACUGGCCGCCACACUGCGGAUCCGGACAAGGACGUGAAAGCGGGGGCGGUGUACCUGGACAAGGUUCUGAAGGACGUGGUUACAGACGCGGACGCGGUCGGCAAACACGGUUUUCGCACCGUUUUUUUGCCGCGGUUCAUGCCUCUCCUCAGCGAGCGCAUCCAGAGCAAGAACCCGUUUCUGCUCUCCUUCCUCCUGGGCUGGGUGCAGCUCCUGCAGACACUGCCCGACCUGGAUCUGUACCCCUACCUGCCUUCGCUCCUCCCCGGCCUGUUCGGCAUGCUGGGGGAGAACGUGAAGGACUUGCGCGUGAAAGCCGACUUUUGUCUCGCCAAUUUUCUGAAGGGGCUGCGGUCAUCGUUCUCGACGUCACCGGGUGCCAUGAACUUCUUCGGACAGGGCGUGGAGUCGCCGCUGCUUGCUCCGCAACUGCAGCUCGGGUCGCAGGAUCUGCGCCGGCUGAGGCACCGCGUGGUGCACACGACCACGCCUAUUUUGGUCGACAUCGUGCGGAACAUCCACGGCGAGAUGCGGCGGAAGCCGGGCGCGAACACGAUCGCCCAGACGCGUACGUGGUCGUCGCAGCUCACCGCUGCGCUUGGCUGGCUGCAAAGUUUCGUUGAGUUCGCGACCAACGAGCUGGAAGAGCAGCGCAGCGCGGGGAUAGCGAGAGGUUUCUCUGCACCGGCAGCAGAUGUUGAUCCUGCGGUUUCUUCGCAGCAGCAGCAGCUUCUUUUGGAAGUAGAGGCAGAACUCUUCGCACCCGCACCACUGAGCGCGCCCGACGACCCGGAGCCUUUCUCUCUGCUGCCCUUGUUUCUCACCGCUGUUCUUCCUUGUUUGGAUUCGAACGACCGCGACACCGCGCGCAUCGCGGUGGAAACGCACUCGGAGCUGCUGCAACUCGUGGACACCUCGGAAUACGGCCGCGACAUGAAGCGGCCGUUGCUACUGGCCCUGAUUCGCUCUUUGCAGAAAGAGAUGUCGCCGGACCUCAUCGCCACGAAAUCGACGGCCAGCGGGCCGCUGCGGCCAGCAUCACGAGCGCCGAAUUAUGGUGGUGGGGUCGGUGGGGGUGGAGGACCAGGAGGGAACAAGAAUAAACUGGAGCCGGCGAUGAACACAACUGCCAGUCCAGGUGUCAACUCAACUGCCGCUGACGACGUGGUGCUGAAGACCGCGGCGCUGCAGUGGCUUUGCAUGUUGCUAUCGAACCGGCCCGAGGAGAUGUUGGAACUGAGCAUGGAGCUGUUCGACCCCUUGUUUCAGACCUUGUCGCACCCCGACACCGAGGUCGUCAUCGCGGCGCUACAGGUUUUCGCCCGAAUCAUGAACGAGGCAAAGGUGUCUACGCUAAACGCGGCGGAAAACUUGCAGGACGUAGCGCAGGAGCAAAAAGACUGGAGCAAGACGCAACAGAGCAAAAGUCUCGCCGCAGCCGGGAUGCUGGUGACCAGUUCUUCCGCAGGGGGCGGUGCAUCAUCAGCUGCACCUUCAGGAGCGACUACAACCGGCACCUCCGCAAAUAAAAGCAGUAAAGUGAAGAGUCGUACCGUGGUGUUACAAGAGAAUCUACCGCAGAGAACCGGGGCAAGCACUCCGGUCUCCAUGUCUAGUGUCGGUGGUGCAUCCUCUUCGCCGGGUUCGCGAAUUCCUCCGGCGGUGUUAGCUGCAGGGGAAGGCGGGAUGAAACAACUGCAAGAGCAGCAGCAGAGCAGUCAGCCGGAGCGCAUCCGGAUUUCCAAGCUGUUCCAGGGAGUGUGUCGAAAAUUGCUGGACCUGUUCCGGAUCGAUUCGCAAAUGUUCGACCAGCGCGGCCGGCUCGUCGUCAGGCAGCUUUGCGACAAACUAGACUGCGAGCUGUUUUACCGUACGGUGGCGGGGAUUAUCAGCGAAGAGCGCGAGCUGCUGAACAACGCAAACGCCACUGUUGUCGUUUCGUCCUCCAUGACCAGUCGGGCCGCCGCGGUCCAACGCCACCGGCAGUUCCUCGCCCAGGCCGUCGAGAUGUGGCACUGGAUCUUGCUGACCAGUCGGGAGACCGCGCACUUGCGGGACCGGCUUUUGCGGGAGAAAGUAGGCGGAACUGCCGACGUGGAAGUUCUGGAAGCAGCAGUUGUUGCCAUGAACAAAAGCAGUGCGACGAAGGCGAAAACUACGUCAUCCCGAGAACAAGAAUUGACGAGCAAAACAUCUUCAAAAGAGGACAGUGCGGCGAAGAGCAAGGAGGAAAAAUCCCAACAAGAUGAACAGAAUGAACGAAACGUCGACUCAUCCAACGCAAAAAAUACUCAACCAUCUUCAAAAACGACUUCGUUGUUUGUCACUUUGCUUCUGUCCUGGGUUUCUGACCCCCUGAGUGCGGUGUCCCUGGCUCUGUGGUGCGAGCAGUACGAGUUGGCGCACCGGCUGUGUCAGCGUCUAGCCGCGGCGCAGAGCAGCUGUACGGAAAACUUCCUGAAUCAGCUGGAUCAGCUGGUGCACUUGUUCGAGAGCCCAGUGUUUCUGCGGGCGCGCAUGCACCUGCUCACGCCGCGGAAGUUUCCCGACCUGGUGAAAACGCUGGUCGCUUUGUGCAUGAUGCUGCCGCAGUCCUCCGCCUUCGACCUGCUGCAAAAGCGGCUCGCGCUAAGCCAAAACGGGCUCGUACUCGAGGAAAAUGUGUCCAUGGAGGAGUUUUUGGACAAUGGUGAAAGAGACGGAGCAGGACGACGAGUCGAGGGUGAGGACAAUCAGCAGCGACCAGUUGUUGCGAAACUCCCAACCGAACAGGUUGCGAGGGUUGUCCGCCUUCUUGUGCUUCAGUGAAUGCCGCUAUUUGACGGAUUUGCAUUUGCCGUAAUGCAGAUCUGCAUCUGCUUCCACAGGACAUUCGAAAUAUAGAAGAUAGUGAUAGAUGGAAUACAA